AUGGCUAGCACUGUUCUUGCAGUUACUGGAUCUUUUGCUGUAUGCGGUCCAUCUCUAAUUCGAUGGAACAAGUGGACGGCUCUCACGUUGGUUUUCUCAAGCACCAAGGGCUUCUUCGCAAAAUCCACUCUCACAGUUUACGUGAACGACGACAAGGUUUUUGAAGAGGAAUUCCGUUAUCCUCUCAUUAAAGAAGCAAGUUUAUUUGAAAAAACUCUCGCAUUGAAAUUGUCGGCGAAGUGUCUAGGAGCCAAAGCCCCAUCUGUCAAACAGCCCUCCAUUUGGUCUUCCUUCGGAAUUGGCAGCGGCAGUUCGCAAACGAAAAGACCUUCAAACUUUACAAAUAUUGGAAUUGGAGAGGAAAGACCUCUAUGGGGUCCGUUGAAUUCAUUCCGUGGACGCCUUUCCUAUGCAGUUGUCUUUAACGAGUCGGCAUCAGAAGCCUUCAUUCAAUGGCUAGUUCAAGGUGGUGAAAACACUUGUACCCUCGUGACAGACCUUAUACUUCAAAAUCCGCAGCGUCGCGUACUGUUCUACUACCAUGCAAAAGCUGUCAAUAAUGCGAGCACAAAGUGCUUUGAUUUGGCCUUAAGUGGAGCGGGUCAACCCAAGCAGUCUCCAGAAAGUGAGAGUGCCAGUGUACCUUACUUUGCUCCAGCAUUCCUGCACGGUGCUGUUCGAAUCACAUCAACCACUCUAGUGGAUUCUCUCUACCGACUUGGUGGAAUCCAGUUUCUGCUGCCGUUAUUUGAACUCGUUGGAAAUUGUCCAACCGAGCCUGAUGUGAAUGUUCAAACAAAUCCCGAUGUUCUAGAAGAUCUACUUGGGGCCUUGAAGGAAUUCCAGCAGGCAUUAAGGACUACAGAUUCUCCAGCUGACACUUCUACUGAGGUUAUAAAUCCUCCUGAUUUAAAGGUAUCUCCUCCAUUCAGUCAACAUAUAGAUAAAACACCGCAGCACACGCUUCUGGAAGGUGCCAAUGAAGUUUUGCAGUUAGCGUCAUAUUUCCUUACUAAUCCUACAAAUUUCGCGGUUUUUAACAUACCAGAAACUGGUCGUUCGUCAAGUCAGAUUAUGCAUAUGUUCAAUUUUCUCAAAACGGUCUUUAAAGCUGAUACAAGGGUGCGACAGAGCUUUCUUCAACCAUCUGUUAUUCUCGUCUUGGGUCACCUACUUAAUUCUAUCGACCCCAUGCAAUUGAAUAGCAAUGCAGUGAUAAGCUUCCACAAUAUGCUGGAUAUGUGUGCUUCUUCCGUACUGAACGAUCUUGGGACUCGAGUCGAAGCUUCUGGCGAUUCAUCCAGUCAGGUUGCUGAAGAGAGACGCGCUGCCAAGGAGACCUUCCGAGUUCGGUGGCAUUUUCUUAUCAAGCAGCUAUUUAUAGACUGGGGACUUUGGUCGCGUUGUUCACCCGUCGCCACACUUCAACAUAUCAGACGUCUACAGAAGAAAGCCAAGGCACUAAACUACAUUUAUCGAGGUCAUCUUCCUAUUGAUCAACUCCUUAUUGCAGUUGGAUUCUUCUUUGCGCAAGUUGAUCCUAAUGACUCAAGGCCUGCGAUGGAGGUGUCAUUACUUGAAGCCUCAAAUAUUCUACUAAAGUAUAUUCGACAUGGAAUCUAUUCACUUAUUCGAACUCUCUACGCUAAGACUGCCACUGCGAGUGAUUUGAAAUUGCUCUUCGCUUUCCUGGAAUCGACGGCUCAUCCUAUUGUGAUAUCGGAGGUGAUUGUUCUCAUCGCUCACGUCUUUGAUAGCACCCCUCCGGGUGAUUCUUUGUUGAAUUUGGCCUAUGAACAAAGCAUGUUAGAGAAGAUUUACUACGUUCUUCUGGCUCCAAGUGAACGGAUGCACAUGAAAGCAAAGGAAAAUGCCCUCAAAUUGCUCUGCAAGCUGGCAGCAACAGAACGCGUACCAGAAAGGAUCAAAACAAAUAUCUAUUUCACACAUUCCGGCGGAUUUCGUGGUUUCCUAGCCCAGACGGCACCCAUUCAAGAGUUGGCCUACUGCUCUGAAACUUGUCAAUUACUUUAUGAUCUGAUUGGCAGAACUUUCCGAAAGGACUAUGCUGGUCUUCUCCAAUACCUCUCAGUUUUGCGAUUGAGCCGAAUUCGUUCGCGAAUUUCUGCCAUCUCUCUCCUUUUAGACGUCUUAGAGGAUGACAAAAGCACUGCUCUUAGGGAUAUUCAAGCUAUUCCAGCUUUCUAUGAAUCUCUAAUUGAUCUCUUAAUCAAAUCAAAGAAAACGGAUACUAGAGCAAGUAUGAGCCCACGGAGCAAUGAGGUUGAUAUUUAUGAAGAAGAAACAGAUAACACCAGCCGUCUACAUUUCCCACCUUCUGUCGGUUAUCCACGACAAGGAAAUUCUUCUCAACGACUUAUUCCUCGUAGAAAACGGAGUACUCUCUCAGCAAGCUCCCUUAUUGCAUCUCCAUCGGCUGAAAUGCCCAUAUCGGCAAAUGUAGAAGCUCAUGGUUCCAGAAAACGCUUAUCCUUUGGCAGUGUCUCAUCCAAUUCUGGCUCGAGAAGUGAUAACCAACAAAACACUCCAGCAACUUUGAAUGAGAGUGAUGAGGAACCAGGAAGUGAAGAAUUGGAGGAAACUUUGGGCAAUUUGGUUGUUAAGGUGUUCAAUCGACUCCUCUGGCCUGGCUCCAGUCUCAUCCUAUCUAUGGAUCCCGCUGCAAAUCAGAUUAACGAAGCCCUCUCGAGAUACUACCAAGUCCUCGUCAGUCUCUCUGACUCCUCUACAACUUUUACAUUCAUUAAACCCUACUUCUGGUUUCUCCAACGCAUUUUCGAGGAAUUUCUCAAAUCAACUAGCAAUUGCCUUCGAUCAGAAAUCCCUACUCUCAGUAGUUAUCCCGCAAUAACACCAUUUAUUGGUAUGAUUAUUGAUGAAACUUGCAAUCGUGGAGUUUUCAUCGAAUCGGACUUCCGAACUGAGCUAUUGGAUCACUUAAACGAAUUGGUGGUGGAGCGUUUGAGAGUAUGGGAAGAGGUUAACUCUCGUUCAGAAGAAUUUGCUGCAAUGAUUCUACACUUUUAUCUCACUUGGGCUUCCAGGGGUGCUUUCCCUGACAAUGGGGCAGCUGCUCAAGCCUGCGCACUUCUUCACGAUGCCAUAUGUGUUUUCAAUCCCGAUAUAUCAUUUGAAAGGAUUAUCUUUCUGCUCUAUCGAAUCAAUGAUAUGAUUCAACGAUCCUUCAACUGUAAUUAUUCUACAUCCGAUGACAAAAACAUAAUACCAUUUGCAAGCGGCGUUGAUUUGAUGUUUCGAUCGGAUCAUGAAAAUGAUGACGCUGAUUCUAUAUGGAACUCGGAUGCAUACUUCUUCUAUUCGCCUCUUAUUAAAGCUCUGUUUGACAAGUACAAUGAUAAACUGGAAGUCAAUUACCUGGCUCCACAUUUACCCCACCAUUCGGCUAACUUUAUCACUGAAUUCCGAGCGUACUUGAUCAGUCCUUCCACAGAACAGAGCCUAAUUCGUGCAUUGGCCAAUGAGAUGCUAAUAAAAGCUCGAAAAGAACGCUUUCAUCAGAUCACACAAGCUACUCAAAAGUUGUCUGAGCUCUUUCCAGGCUUGAUUAUUGCAGAUCACACGUCAACGGACAACCCACCUUUCUUUCAACAUCGACACGAGCUCCGUAGAGGUUCAAUGGGAUCUCGUUCAUUAAAAUUUACCUUCUCUGGAUUUGAUUCAGCUUUGCAACAACCAAAUCAAUCAUGGCACUCACGGUUACCGAGUGAAGAGAUUUUUGAUAUUCAGCUGCUACAAAGAGAAAUGAAAGUGCUCUCCAGAAUCCGAAAAAAUCGAUGGCUUAAUGUGAGAUUUGAGUUUGUCAGAGGCUUCCCAACUUCUUUGUGGUAUUCGCCUUUCCCACAAGAGAUUAGAUGGCGCCUAUCGGAACUAGAAACAACUCUUCGAAUUCGAAAUAUGCUUGAACCGAAUCCAUGGUUUUCCAAGUAUGCUUCAGCAAGCGAGGAACGAGAUGGCCUUAUUUGCCAACUUUCAACUUUAGAAGGUGGCGAACAACUAAUUCAGAAUUUAACAACGGCUGAAGAAGCGGAAAGGAAGAUCUCAAUCUUUCUUCAAAAUGCUGAUCUCCUAUUUAGGGGCAGUAAAAGGCCAGUGGCGAAGUAUUCACUCGAUGCGACAAAUUGUGACAAGCAACCCACGUUGAGAAGAUUUUCUAUGGAAUCCAUUGAAUUCCAAUCGACAUUAGCUCUCGAUCAACUGGAUUCCAUUAGGCAAAGAUUACACAAAGCUUCGUUAGUUGAUAGAAAAGACGUUAGAGGAGAUUUCGUAGCCGACGAGGACUGGAAGUUGAUUAAAUUCGACGAUUCUGAGAAGUCUGAUGAUGUGAAAUCUUCAUCGAGUGUUGAUCUUUCAAGAUUAUCGAAUGAUAAUGACCAUUCGGAACAGGACAUGGAAGAAGUUUGUUCUCCUAGUGGAAUAUCCACAGAGCCGAGCGAUAAGUCAUUGCUUGUGGGUAUGAGCGAAGAAGGGGCCGAUGAAUCAAGAGAUAAGGAAGGAGAAGAAGGUAAAGGUGAUGAUGAAUCCCCAAUUCCACUUUCCUUUGAGAAACCUGCUCCAUUGGUUGGGGAAGUGAUGAGAGCUAGUUGUCAACUCAUAUCACUUGUCAGGAGUGUUCCAGGGUGGUUUGCUGUUACACCAACAUCACUGCACUUCCUGCAGAAUCAUAGCGAACCAGUGUCAUCUGAUGUUGCUGGUAACGAUAAGUUUAGAGAAAUCGAAGCUAUGAAGGACUUCUCUAUUAUAAUCAAUUUGAAUGAAAUCCGAGAGGUCCACUUGUGUCGUUAUAAUCUUCGGCGUUCAGGUUUAGAAAUAUUUCUUAUUGACCAUCGCAAUUUCCUGUUCAACUUUCCUGGCAAGCUGCGAAACAAAGUUUAUACCUGUAUAAUGAGCCAUCGAAUGCCGCAAUUGAUCUAUCGAAAGGGCCGAAGUCCAGCGGAAGUGUUUAAGCACUCCAAAUUAAUGGAGCUUAAAAAAGGCUAUAAGAGAAAUCGCCCUCGUCAGGACGAAUCACAAAGUCUUCAGUUCUUCCAGUGGAAUGCUGGAGGGAUGUCACAGGACAAAAAGAUCCCUGUCCAGAAAAUCCUACAUACCUAUGAUGUCGAAAUUUUCACAAUUAUGGAAGUUACACCCUGUANCACAAGCUGCACUCUUUUCAAUGUCUUCACCAAUGACAUAGCCGAAUCGGUACAGACAGUCACGGGCAUCAAGUGCUUACUUUAUGCAGAUGAUCUUGUUCUAUGUCUUAUUCUUGGUGCACUACUUUGGGUUCCCGGAGGUCUUUACCAGGCCAGAUUGGUGAAACCUUUGAAGAAAAACUUCUCUAUUUGGCAAAUUCGCUCACUACUUAGUUGGUACUCUCCAAAUAGAUGUCCUCUAAGUAGCUCCGAUAAACCCGAUUACGGACACCGCAAACACACAAGUCAAUCCUCACCCAAAAAUAUGCGCUGGGCGAAUAGGGAGAUUUCGAAUUUUGAGUACUUAAUGCGACUCAAUACGAUUGCUGGUCGGACGUAUAAUGACCUCAGCCAGUAUCCAGUGAUGCCGUGGAUUUUGGCCGACUAUACAUCAAAGCAACUGAAUUUUGAUGAACCAACCACUUUCCGUGACCUCUCUAAGCCUAUUGGCAUUGUUAAUCCCGAUAACGCCGUCCAUGUUCGUGAGAAGUAUGAGUCUUUUGAGGAUCCCGCUGGAGAAAUUUCCAAAUUCCACUACGGAACACAUUAUUCCAGUGCUGCAGGGGUUAUGCAUUAUCUUGUCCGAACUGAGCCCUUCACAAGUCUGCAUAUCCAAUUGCAAGGUCAAAGAUUUGACGUGGCUGACCGACAAUUCAACUCAAUUCCAACUGCCUGGUCUCUAAUUAUGUCCAGUCCCUAUGAUAACCGCGAGCUUAUACCGGAGUUCUUCUACUUCCCAGAUUUUUUGCGGAAUGAAAAUAAUUUUGAUUUGGGUCGCCCACAGUUGGGUGGAAAUCAAGUGGAUGACGUUGAAUUACCACCCUGGGCUUCCACGCCGGAAGAGUUCAUCCGAAUUCAUCGUGGAGCUCUUGAAUCGGACUAUGUCUCUGCAAAUAUCCAUAAUUGGAUUGAUCUGAUAUUCGGCACGCUGAAGUUCUAUGAUUACCUCAUUUAA